AGCGACUCUGGCUCAGCCACGAUCACGUUGAUCGCAGUCCUCUUCGACUUUGAUCGCAUUCUUAACGCGGACCUGCCACUGUCAUGGCGGCGGCGGCAGCGCGAAAACUGCAAAAAGAAGUCGAGGUUGUAUUGAAGAAGGGUCAUGAAGGGACCGAGGAAUUCGCGGAGCUAUGGGACCAGAUGGCUAGCGCACAAGGUCCUCAGAAGGAGAGAUUGGGCGAGGAGUUGAAGAAGUGCAUCAACAAGCUCCAGAGACUCCGAUCGCAGAUGCGAGACUGGUUGGGCUCCAAUGCGGUUCCGACCAAUCUCAAGGAUAAACUUGAAGAGGGCCGGAAGCAGAUCGAGAACGACAUGUCCAGAUUCAAAGACUUCGAGCGGGAAUUCAAGACGAAGGCCUUCUCCAGUACAGGUCUAGCCAAGAUGGACGAGCUCGACUUAGAAGAAGCGGAGAAGCAGAAGUACCAGGAGUGGUUGGCUCAGACCAUCCAGGCGCUGAAGGACCAACUAGACCAGUUUGAAGCCGACACGCAGCUACUCUCAGGGAAGAAAGCCCCGAGCGCAGACGACAAGUCGCGGUUGCCCAAGCUUCAGAAGGCUCAAGAGAGAACCCGAUGGCAUAUCAAGAAGCUCGAACAGUUGCUCCGAGCCGCGAACAACGAUGCCGUAGAAGUGAGCGACCUGGCGGUCGUAAAAGACAGCAUAGAGCUUUUCGUGGAAGCUGGGGAGGACUCAGAUUUUCAUCACGACGAGCAGCUUUACGAUUGCUUCGACCUCACAGAAUAUGAGGAGAAAGCAUUGCCGAAAGGGAUCGAACUUCUAGAUCGGGCAGAUGAUUCAACUAUUAGCGGCUCAGUCGCCCUCUCGAAGAAGGCCGCGAAAGAGAAGGACAAGAAGAAGAAGUGGGACAAGAAAGAGAAGGCUGAAAAGAAGCCACCUCCACAGCAGCCCAAGGUGAACAAGGCCAUCAUAGAGGAGGAUUCUCUAAAGGAGCCCGACGAGGUGAAGGUGCAGGAGGAUCAGCUUCUCACCGAAAGGGAGGAGUUCAUCUGCAAAAUUUGCCAGAUCCACGUGGUGGGAUGCCGACCGAAGUUGACGAGCUGUUCUCACCUUUUCUGUGGAGAUUGCAUUUGGCAGUGGUUCAACCAGCAUCCGGACACGCAGACUUGGGCUCAGCGAGCCAAAGCAGCAGGUCCUGAUCGAUGUGUUCCCUGUCCAGUUUGCAAGAAGAGUUUGAACGAGAAUCAGGAUUUGGUCUCCGUCUCUUCCGACACCCAGAGGGGCGAGAACGUCCUGCUGUGGAGAAUGCUAUCUGGUUUGCGAAUCAUGUGCAUUAACAAUCCCAAGUUGCGGAAAGAAGAUGGGAAGUGCGACUGGAUCGGCGAAUAUGGCACCUAUCAGAAGCACUAUGAGGUGUGCAAGAAUGUGCCUUUAGCCGAUGCGGACUAUCCGCCGGAGACGCCCACCCCGCAGAAGCUCCCGGCGCCCGAGAAACUCCCGGCGCCAACGCCGGCGCCACCCGCGAAGCAGGUGUCGAAGGCGACGCCGCCGGUGGCGCCCAAGAAGUCUCCGAAGAUCGCACCGAAGGCGAUGACCUCCUUACCGAAGGCCUCGGCGCCGAACGUCGCCGCGCAGCCCAUGGCCCAGCCCAUUGCCACCGCGCCGCCCGCGGUCGCGCCGGUGGCGCCGGUGGCGCCGGCACCGCAGGCAGCGCCCACGGCGCCACCGGUGGUGAGAGCAGAGGAGAGGAGGGAACCGCCACAGCCGCAGAUGCCUCAGCCUCAGCUGCCAGCACCGCAGCAGUGCCCGGUAGCGCCGCAGGUCGCCCCUGUAGCACCACAGGUCCAGGUCCAGCCGCAAGUACAGCCACUGGUGCAGCGCAGGGAAGAAGCCCCAGCUGCACCAGCCGCGGCAGCACCUGCAGCUCAAGCAUCAGGUUAUCAAGGACGUGCCUGCGGGAACUUCGAGGCCACCGGUCCCACGAUGGUCCCCGUGCGACAAGGUGAUUUGAUCGAAGUCCUUGAAACGCACCCCACAGGCUGGAGCUACGCGAAGAACCUGUCGAACAGCGGCACCCCACCCGGAUGGGUUCCCUCAUGGAUCGUUGAUGCCAGUGCCAGAGCGAAAGAGACGGUGGAUGCCAGAACGGAUCCGAUCAGCAAGCAGAUCAUUGUGCAGACCCGGGACAGAGAUCAGGACGUCCGGCCCACUGCCGUACAACCUGCAGCACCCGCACCGCAGCCAGUUCAUGCAUCGCCGGCGCCAGUGCGUGCACAAGCACAGCUGGUGCAAGCUGCUAGAGAUUUCGCUUCAGGCAGUGAUUCUCAGAUGUCGUUAUCGGCCAGCGAUUAUGUGGAGAUUGUCGAGCGCCACCAGUCUGGAUGGACCUUCGGUCGCAAGAUGGUAGGUGGCAUGUCCGUCUCCGAGGGCUGGUUCCCUGAUUGGGCCUGCGCCCUUGGCUGCACCGCGCGGGUUCUUUACUCGGGAAAGAUCUGAUGGGGCGUUCUACUCGGUAGAAGCCAUGGUGAGGUGUUGUUUCAUUGCAUAUUUUUGAUGUUUAGUUUGACUCACUGGAUAUGCAGAGUGGCUCGCCAAAAACCUUCCGCAAGCUCCACGAUCAGGCAACCCAUGAUGCAGCAGCUGG